AUGGAAGACAAACAGUUCCACCUGAGGCAAGCGGCACCACCCGUCUCUGCUAGCCAGACACCAUCUUCUGGAGGGGAUGUUGACGCGGUGGCACCAAAGUCCUUCCCUGAGACAACAGUUCCGUUGAGUGUACGAACUGAAGGCGACAAUAUGGCACACACUCACACUGCGGUGCACCAUGGCCACCCGGAACCUUUACUGCAGCCAACUCAUCUCGGUCACAUCGAGGCUGGAAUGCAGACCAUUCAACCUAGUGCAUUGACCGUUGGUGUUGCCGAUGAGUCUCAGCCAGGGUCCCUCCGUCUUGGCCCAUCUGAGUUUGCGGUGAUUCUGCCCAUGGACUCAAGGGUAAAAGAUGAUUAUGAGCGUGUCUUGACAAAUUCUGCUGCGGCCGUGCAGGACUUUUUAGCUCUUGGCAGCCAAAACUCCCAGGCUUCCAAUCUCCAGCGAAAGGAAAUGCAAUCAAAGAUGUACGAAGUCAUUGCUCAGUUGAACAACGUUUCCAUCCAUCCAGAUCUCAACAUUUCCCAUCAUUUGGUGGAGACGGAGUCAGACCUUGAUAGACAGACUUCCUGGGCGGAGUAUUCAAGCACGAAGUUCCUUUUACUGGGGAAUUUGAUUGAUAUUGCGAGUACCCAUGAGCUCCAUGUUAUUCUGGCGGUCCAAGACGAUAAAAAACAAUCAAUUGUUGAGCGUUACCUACGUGGCAAAGGGUUUACCUACACACGACCUCGGGAAGAGCUAGGUGGAAACCUAGAAGUUUCGUUGGUCAAAGGUCCGCUGAGCUUUGGCGUCCAUUCGAAUGAGAGUGUUCGAGAUCUUUUCAAGGCACCAUCUGCAAUCCUUGCGCUUGACACAGCUUUCCACCAUCAGAGUCCGUCAGUGGAACAUAUUCGAACAACUUUUACCCGCAAUAAUGAUCUUCUUCCUGUUAUCUGGUUCAUCGUAGCCAACACGUGUGAGCACAUUGAGCGUUGUUUGCCAGAUUUGCCAGAGACAGACCGCCUGCGAUUGCUCUUGCAAUACACCGCUCGCCUCCAUGAUGAAGUCGGCGACCUCCAAGAUAAUGCACUGGGUGUGCCGGAACAUGCCGAGGAGAUCCUCAACUACUUGCUCCAUAACUUCGCACAGUGGCAGGUUCCAUCAGUUGAGCCUUUGCAUUUUGUAUCCUCUGAUGAGCUUGAAUCAUCCACAUCUUCGUCUGAUGAAUCACAGGGUGUAGCACAAAAGCGCUCAUUGUCAGAGGAUGGUCAAGAUGACCUUGCAUUCAAACGCACUAAAGUCGACACUCCAGAACUUGCUCAACUCACUCAAUCUACUAAGGGGCCCAGUGAAAGCUUGAAUCUCGAGCUGGAGUCUCUGGAGAAAAGUAUCGUCCAAAUGAAAAACACGCAUGCCUCUGAAAAAGAGCAAUUGCAAAAUGAUUUGAAUCAAAUGCACAUGCGGUUCCAAGAAAUGGAAAGGGAACUGGGGACUCUUCAGCAUCGCUAUGAGACUCGGACGAGUGACCUUUACAAGACUCGGGUAGAGCGUGAUGAGGCGGCUGCAUCUCGAAAGCUUCUGGAACAACGAGUGGAGAAGUUUAGAGAUGAUGUUACUAAGUUGAAGGAGGAAAGAACUCAGCUGAACAUCGAGCUCGGAGCUGCUCGCCAAGAACUCAAGGAUGGUGGUGGCACGUUGGCUGAUCUCGAGACAGCCCGGGAGGAGAUUCGACGAUUGACUCAAGAAGUUUCAGGUCUUGAGCGCAAGGCCGAAUACGAACGCAACCAAUCAGACUACACUCGUGAACAGUACCAGAAUGCCUCUAAUGCUGCUGCUCAAGCUGGAAACGAACUCCGUCAACUUCAAUCUGAGAAUGUGGCUCUCAAGCGGAAGGUUGAGGGCAAUGCAGCCCAACUACGAGAAGUCACCAACAAAAGCGAUUCAACAAUUCACCUUGACCGAAUCGCUGAACUGGAACUUACGCUUGCCUCUCGCGAUGAAUUCCUACGCAAGAAAGAAGAAGAGCUACGCGACAUCCGCAAAAAUCGCCCUUCUACCCGCUCUACUAGCACGCAGCCUCGGAGUCCCAAAUGGGCUGCUUCAAGCCGUCCUACAAGUCCUGGAGUGAACAAUGGUAACGGCAAUGGGAAUGGUAAUAACGGAAUGAUGGGUCGUGGUAGUGGUCUGCGAUUUAGCUCGGAGGCAUCAAUUUAG